AUGGAGGACCACUCCAAACACGUUUAUGAGGUUGCGUUAGAUGUCCGGCGGUUCUUUGAGAUUGGAGAAUCGUAUCGCGUUUUCCACGGCUCCUCCAAUAGCACUCGCCCUCGGCACGGAUCACAGCAAAAUGUGGUCGACAUCAGCAUGCUGAGCAAUCACGUCGCCCUGGUUGAGCCAAAUGUUCCCAUGGAUCGCCUCGUCGAGACAACUCUCACCUAUGGCCUCGUGCCUCCUGUCGUAAUGGAGUUCCCGGGCAUCACGGCUGGCCGAGGGUUUUCCACUGGGGAUAGCAGCUCAUUCCGCCAUGGGUUCUUCAACGACACUGUCAACUCUGUGGAGAUGAUUCUCGGGAAUGGAGAUAUCAUACGGGCAUCUCGCCAGGAGCGACAGGACCUUUUUCACGGAGCUGCGGGGGUGGCUGGGACCCUUGGUAUCGUGACACUCAUGGACGUUCGACUUGUCGAAGCCAAGAACCUGGUCAUGACAACAUACCCAAAAGUCACUGGAGUUUCAGAUGCCGUUGCAGAGGUUCAGCCACAAACCGAAAACCCCAAUGUCGAUUAUGUGGAUGCCAUCAUGUUUUCCAAGGAGCACAGCGUUAUCAUCACUGGCCAGUUGACCGACACCAUGCCUGCCGGAGGUACUCUGCGGACAUUUAGCAAUGCUCACGGUCCAUGGUUCUACAUGCAUGUUUCCGAUAAAACUAGAGAUCUAGCACCAGCAGCCACAAUCGUCGAGUAUAUUCCCUUGGGUGAGUAUCUCUUUCGUUACGAUAGAGCUGGCUUUUUGGUUGGCCAACAACGCUACACCUACUUCAAAGUCAUCCCAUUCAUCAAGUUCUUCCGUUGGCUGCUUGACGAUUACUCCAAGUGGUGUUUCAUCACAGUACAUGGUUCAAGAUCUAGCUUUACCAUACGAGACAGCUGA